AUGCCGAGCCCCUCAGCUAGGCGGCCGUCCCUCAUCAAGACGCCCGCCGAUGACCCGCUGUUGAAGCUCUACAUUCCACCUUCACCCACAAAUAUUUCAGCACCUGAAUCUCUCAAACGUCUGGCCGAUAUCCUCGAAGGCUUCCACAUAUUCAAAAUCGUGCCAGAAACCAAAGCCAUCAGCGAGGACGAAAUAAAAUCUCUCAAACAAGCCGCUUGUCCAUUACAGCGUGGAUCCUUCUUGAACAAGUCAGGGAAAUCAUACACAAUGGAGCAAUCGAAAGCUUUGAAUGCCUUGGAGCCGUUCCUUGCGCUCAGCAAAGCUGCAAAUUCACCGCGGGCGGCGGCGGAUGUGGUCAUGCAGGCCACAGGUGCUAAAGAUACUUAUGUGUUUGCGGAGCUAUUGCAGAUGCCGAAUAUUUUGAAGCUGGGUGAUAGCGAGCUGAAGUCACAUCUAAAACUGCUGCAAAUAUUUGCUUGGGGUAGCUGGUCAGAUUAUGUCGCGAACCAAGAUACGCUUCCAAAGCUAUCCGAAGCCCAGACGAAAAAGCUGAAGCUUCUCUCCCUCAUAUCACUAUCCACAUCACACGAAUCUCUCAAAUAUCCUGCCCUCCAGGCAUCGCUCGACCUCCCUUCACAGCGUGCUCUCGAAUCACAUAUCACAGACGCCAUAUACGCCGGCCUGGUUACAGGCACUAUGGAUCCCCUUCACCAACUCGUACACAUAACUUCGGUUGCUCCACUUCGUGAUCUCGCACCCGGUAGCGUUCCACAGCUCCAGAAGUCUCUUGCGGCAUGGAGUACACGAUGUGAGGAUGCGCUGAAAGAACUAGAUAUUCAGGCUGCUCAUAUCAGGAGCCAAGCAAAGAUCCGAGAGGACAGGAGAAGGCAACGAGAGGCACAAGUUAAGGCCGCUAUGGAAAAGGACGACAAGAAGGGUGCAGAGGACGAUGUGAUGGACUUGGAUGAUGAUGGAACUGGAAAGAAAGGGCACCGAAGUGGAAAAGGCAUCAUGGGUGGCAUGGGAAGAUUGGGUGGCAAACGCUGA